AGACGCAACGCAACGGUACCCCUGGCACUCAUUCAGCGAUGCAGGCACUAGCACGAGCGGCGGGGGGGCUCUGGCCGGCGGCGGCCGCGGCCGCGGGGAGGGGGAACUGCGGGCAGGUGCAGCCGUCCCGGGGGAUCGUGGUGCAGGUGAGGGACGGCAACCUUGAGCGCGCGCUCCAGGUGAUGGAGCGCAAGAUGCGGUCCAGCGGCAUCGAGCGGCUCAUCAAGCGCCGGACGGAGCACCACGUCAAGAACUCCGAGAAGCGCGCAAAGCGCUCAUGGCGCGCGUACGCUCCCAGGAGCUCGGCAAGAGUCUCCGCGAUAUCCUCAUCAAGAAGAUCAGGGGUCAGUAAGGGCAUCUCUCAGUGGGCAGCAUUUUUCAGCAACAUUCGAUGGUACUACAGCAGGGUUACAAUGCUAUUCUUCAUGGGUGCAUCCUGUUGAACAUGUACUCAAUCUUCAUGGUGGAAUUUAGUAAUUUAUCUGUUUAGAGCAGCAUUGAUAAAUAAUACUCACCUGCGUGCCAAGAAUCUUUUCAUGUCUUGGAUCCCAGACAAGUUUGUGAUAAUUCGUUGAGGAAUUUUUAUGGUACACCUUAGGCCUUGUUUGGUUAAACCUCUCCUGGAGGGGAUUGGAGAGGUUUGGAGGGGAUUGAGUGAGAUUUUGACUUGUAUGGGAUUUAAUCCACCCCAAUCCACUUCAAUCCCCUUCAAUUUUGUUGCAACCGAACAAGCCCUUAGUAAUGUACCUGCUGUCUUUGUGCUACGA